UGAUGCGGCAGACACUUUUAAGUGACGCCCGUGGUCACGGUAGACGGAUAAAGCGAGUUUAUAAGCGAGCAAUAGCGUAAAAAAUAAACUACAAUUUAAACUAAUUAAUUAUUUUAAAAAAUCUAGAUCUUAAAUCGGUGCGACGUAACUCGGGAUCGAUCUGUGAUUGUUAAUCGCUGACCGCUGAUUGUCGGAGCCUCGGCUAGAGGGCGUAUCCAUUUAAAUGUUUACUUCAAACCACCGGGUGCAAUUUAGACGUAAUUAGCAUUAAUAAUAACAAUAAUAAAAAUAAAAAUAAACAAAAAAAGAUAACGUUGAAUGAACGGGAACGAGUGUGGCAUAAUAAACGACGCCUGCGUGUCUAUGCGCGUGUGCUUUGACAGUUUGUGCUUCUCGUCGACGCAGCACAGGCUCGCCGACGAGGAAGACGCAUUUCAGCUCCAGUCUAACGGCACGGCAAUCGUUGUCUCGUCGAGUUCCACGUCGCCGUCGAGUUCUCCGACGGCUGUUCCCGUUCCUGGUCCUAAUUUAAACGCAAUCACGGCGACCACUUGCAGCGAGGGACUGGGUCAAGUUUUGGCCCGGGCCGCUACUCCUCCAAGCAACAACUCUACCUUGACUCCUGCCAUGGAGAAGCUCCGGGAACUCCAGGAGCUUCUGAGGACUAAAGAUGAAAGGAUCUCCCAGCUUGAGGCUACUCUCACGAAAAAGGACAAUGAAAUUCAGGACCUCAGGAGUCAUCUGGAUAAAUUCAUCAGUAUCAUGUCCAUCAAGUCUCCUCUUACGCCUACUAAGUCCAGGCCCAGGAAACAACGCGCUCAGGGUAUUUCUGCGGAGCCGCCUCUUCAUCAGCUGACUCCGCUCAAGUUUUAUGACAAGAGCGACAGAUCACGGGAACUUAUAAAAGCGGCUAUUUUGGACAAUGAUUUCAUGAAAAAUCUGGAGUUGACCCAAAUAAGAGAAAUUGUUGAUUGUAUGUACCCAGUGAGUUUUCCUGCUGGAGCUAUUAUUAUUCAGGAAGGCGAUGUUGGGUCUACUGUUUAUGUUAUGGAAGAGGGAAAAGUUGAGGUUUCUAGAGAUGGAAAGUAUCUUAGCACACUGGCUCCCGUUAAAGUGUUGGGUGAAUUGGCUAUUCUUUAUAAUUGCAAGAGGACGGCAACUAUUACUGCUGCUACUGACUGUCAAUUAUGGGCCAUUGAUCGACAAUGCUUCCAGACUAUUAUGAUGAGAACUGGAUUGUCGAGACAGGCUGAAUAUACUGAUUUCUUGAAAAGUGUACCUAUCUUCAAAAACUUACCCGAAGAAACAUUAAUAAAAAUCUCCGAUGUUUUAGAAGAGACAUUUUAUAAUAACGGUGAUUACAUAAUACGGCAAGGAGCUCGAGGCGACACUUUCUUCAUAAUAAGUCGCGGUCAGGUGCGCGUGACAAUAAAACAACCGGAUACAACUAAUGAAAAGUACAUCAGGACACUUGGCAAAGGCGAUUUCUUCGGCGAGAAGGCAUUACAAGGGGAUGAUUUAAGAACAGCCAACAUAGUAGCUGAUGAUCCAGACGGUGUCAGCUGUCUCGUAAUAGACCGAGAGACAUUCAAUCAAUUAAUAUCCUCGCUGGAUGAAAUUAGAACGCGCUACAAAGAUGAAUUAGUUGAGCGCAGAAGAAUAAACGAAGAAUUCCGUGAUUUACGUCUGGGAGAUCUCCAUUCCUUAGCAACCUUAGGAGUUGGUGGAUUCGGUCGAGUAGAAUUAGUCCAAAUAAAGGGUGACAGUAGCCGCUCGUUUGCCCUCAAGCAAAUGAAGAAAUCACAAAUUGUAGAGACUCGUCAGCAGCAGCACAUAAUGUCAGAAAAAAGAAUCAUGGGUGAAGCCGAUUCGGACUUUAUUGUAAAACUGUUCAAGACAUUUAAAGACCGCAAGUAUCUGUACAUGCUUAUGGAAGCCUGCCUUGGUGGAGAAUUGUGGACCAUCUUACGUGACAAAGGUCACUUUGAUGACGGUACCACCAGGUUCUACACCGGAUGUGUCGUUGAAGCUUUUGAUUACUUGCACUCGCGGAAUAUCAUCUACCGCGAUUUAAAGCCGGAGAACUUACUGCUAGAUAGUCAUGGUUAUGUUAAAUUAGUCGACUUUGGUUUCGCAAAACGUCUGGAUCACGGUAAAAAAACUUGGACAUUCUGCGGCACGCCGGAGUACGUUGCGCCAGAAGUUAUUUUAAAUAGAGGUCACGAUAUUAGUGCCGAUUAUUGGUCACUGGGUGUUCUAAUGUUUGAAUUAUUGACCGGUGCACCUCCAUUUACUGGCGCAGACCCCAUGAAAACUUACAAUAUUAUUCUAAAGGGAAUUGACGCUAUAGGAUUUCCUAGAACUAUUACCAGAAAUGCUACUAAUUUAAUUAAAAAACUCUGCCGCGAUAACCCUGCUGAGCGAUUGGGAUAUCAAAAAGGCGGAAUUAGUGAAAUUCAAAAACACAAAUGGUUCGAUGGUUUCAACUGGGAAGGUCUGAGAGCAAGGACACUGGAGCCUCCAAUAAUGCCCAGGGUACAAAACGCCACUGACACCGCUAACUUCGACGAAUACCCUCCAGACUCAGAACCUCCACCUCCUGAUGACGUCUCUGGCUGGGACAAUGAUUUUUAAUUGUUAUCGUUUUAUUUUAAUUAAUUAAUAAUUAUUAU